AUGGGUGAAUAUUUCGCAUGGACACAACAGUGUGAUGACCUUAUCGAGCAAUUGGAAGAACGCAGUCGCGACGCCAAGCAGCUGCGACUCUCUAUCGGAAACAAACAGUCCUUAGUAGCUCGAAUCGCGCGGCUCGAGGAACUGAAGAAGCGAUUAGAAAGACGCUUUAUCCAUAUUGGUGGCGAGUAUGCAGGGUGGAAUAACGGUUUCGAAGAACUCUCUUGGCGAGAGAUAGAGACCGCGUUCGAGAGCCGCAUUUUAACCGGUGCUGUGAUAAAUUCCGGCUAUAUCGAACCACGGCGAUUUCUGGAAGACGCUAGCAUCAUAGUGCUCGAUCAUGUGCAAAAGGUAAUAAAUGAACAUGACAGUGUGAAAUUGAAUACCGUGUUCAAUGGCGAGUUUGUGGCGGGUGAGAAGACCGCCAAUAAAAGUAUCAAUACGCGAAACCGAGAACUCUUUCGUACGUCCAAUCUGAAAGAGUGGUUUGCACGAUACGUUAUCGAACCCACCUUGGCGUCUCUUGAAGAAUUCCAGGAACGCGACAGUGGAUGGGCGUUGUCGCGUAUACUGGACUUGACGGUUAACGUUAACAAAUAUAACCCUAUGCACGCGGGAUGUCACGUCAAAUUGCCGAAGAAAAUUAUGGCGAAGAAAGCAGUGGUAAACGUGCAAAGUAACGAUGUCGCAUGUUUUGCAUGGUCAGUGGUUGCCGCUCUGUACCCAGGAAAAAGAUAUGUAGAGCGGCAAUCAUCGUACCCCCAUUAUACCACAGUACUCAAUCUCCAAGGCAUAGAAUUUCCCAUGACAUUGAAGCAAGUCAACAAGUUUGAAGAGCUCAACAAUGUCUCAAUCAACAUAUACUAUAUGAAUGAAUGUCAGAAACAAAAAAAUGAAAAAGAAGGAUCAUUAAGUAUCGUUCCACUGCGUUUCACCGAUGAUAAGAAGGCCCGGCACAUCAAUCUACUGUACGUGCCACAAGAUAAUAGCUUGGGCCACUUCACGUGGAUCAAGAACCUGUCUCGGCUAGUUGGCAUCCAACUUAGCAGCAAUAAACGAAAAAAAUAUAUUUGCGAUCGGUGUCUGCACUACUUCUCCUCCAACGGGAGAUUGAAGGCCUACUCCGUAGAUUGCACAAAACUAAACGAUUGUGUCAUCGUUUUACCGAACGAGGACGACAAGUGGCUGUGUUUCGGCAACCACAGCAGGAAAGAGCGGAUGCCGUUCGUCGUAUACGCCGACUUGGAGUGUGCAUUGGAGAAGAGAGGAGCGGAAAAAUCCGGCACAUACCCAUAUCACCAUCACAAGGCAUAUAGUGCUGCGUACUACGUGCGGUGUUCAUACGACAACUCAUUAUCCGCGUAUCGAUAUCGUCGCGGCACCGACUGCAUUUCGUGGUUUGUCGAAGAACUGAAAGCUCUAGCAUUUCGCGUAAAAGCAAUUCUAACCGCUAAUGUGCCCAUGGAAAAUCUAACGAGAGAACAGGAAGUAGCAUACCAUAGCGCGACGCACUGUCAUAUCUGCGAAGAGCCAUUCGCGCAAAAUGAGACGCGAGUACGCGAUCAUUGCCAUCUGACCGGUCGGUACAGAGGUCCUGCGCAUUCAAAUUGUAAUCUAAAUUAUAAAGAGUCCUAUACUAUUCCGAUAGUAUUUCACAAUUUAUCCGGCUACGAUUCACAUUUUAUAAUCAAAGAAUUGGCUAGUAAUUUCAAGGGCACAAUUGCGCUACUACCGAUUACAAAAGAAAAGUACAUUUCGUUUACCAAAAAUGUUAACGAGGCAGAUACAGUAUUUCGGAACCACGUAAAAUUGCGCUUUAUUGAUUCGUUACGAUUUUUGAGUAGUAGUCUGGAUAAAUUGGCAUCGUUUCUCAGCAAAGACAAACUCAAAAUUUUACGAUCAGAAUUCUCUAAUUUAUCAAUCGAGGAUUUCGACCUAUUGACACGAAAAGGCGUCUUCCCGUACGAGUACAUAGAUUGUGCCGAAAAGUUGCAAGAUACCCGCUUACCACCGCGAGAAUCAUUCUACAGUUCCUUAACGGGUGACACGAUAUCCGAGAGCGAUUACGCGCACGCCGAGAACAUCUGGCAGCGGUUCGCCAUUCAAACGUUAGGCGAAUACAGCGACUUGUAUUUGAAAACCGACGUGUUAUUAUUGGCCGACAUUUUUGAAAAUUUUCGCGACAGUUGUAUCACGAGUUAUGGUCUCGAUGCGGCAUAUUACUAUACGCUACCGGGCUUCACGUGGGACGCGAUGCUCAAGCAUACGCGUAUAAAUUUCGAACUGCUCACCGAUAUCGAUAUGGUUAUGUUCAUAGAACGCGGCAUACGCGGCGGCCUAAGUCAGUGUUCAAACAGGUACGCCCGUGCCAACAAUAAAUACAUGGAGUCGUACGAUCCAUCGAAACCAUCGUCGUACUUUGACGUUAAUAAUUUAUACGGUUGGGCAAUGUCUCAACCUCUGCCCUAUGCAGAUUUUCAAUGGGUCGACGACGUCUCGGACUUCGACGUGAACGUUAUCGUUCCUGAUUCGUCCACCGGUUACAUUCUCGAGGUCGAUCUCGAAUAUCCACAGCAUCUGCAUGAUGCGCACACUGACCUACCAUUCUGUCCGACGCGCGAUAAGCCGCCGGGCAAGCGCCAGAACAAGUUGCUCGCAACGUUAUAUGAUAAGGAACGUUACGUGAUACACUAUCGCAACCUGCAGCAGUGUACGCGUCACGGUCUGCGGAUAAUAAAAAUUCAUCGCGUAUUACAAUUCGCGCAAUCCGCAUGGCUUCGUAGGUAUAUUGAACUCAAUACACAAUUUCGAAUGCGUGCGACCAACGAUUUCGAAAAAAAUUUGUACAAAUUGAUGAACAACGCGGUAUUUGGAAAAACUAUGGAAAAUGUACGCAAUCAUAUGGAUGUAAAGCUUGUAACGAAAUGGAACGGAAGGUACGGUGCAGAGGCACUGAUCGCUAAACCAAAUUUCCAUAGCCGGAGCGUCUUUUCGGAAAACCUGGUCGCGAUUGAACUGCGCAAACUCCAGGUGAAAUUCAACAAACCAAUCUACGUGGGUAUGUGCAUACUCGACAUAUCCAAGACGUGUUUGUACGAAUUUCAUCACGCGUAUAUGGUACCUCUUUAUCGCGAAAAAUGCAAGAUCAUGUACACGGAUACGGAUAGUUUAAUUUACCAUAUCGAAUGCGACGACGUGUACGAGCAAAUGAAACAUGAUGUUGCGAGAUUCGAUACGAGCGAUUACGAGGUCAAUAAUGCGUAUGGAAUGCCACUCGCAACUAAAAAGGUACCCGGUUUGAUGAAGGACGAAAACAACGGCGCGAUAAUGACAGAGUUCGUCGGGCUUAGAGCGAAGAUGUACGCUGUGAGAGUGGCCGGUAGGAAAGACACCAAAAAAGUGAAAGGUGUCAAGAGUAAUGUCGUAUCGAAAGCGAUAACAUUUGAAGACUACACGCGGUGUCUGAAAGAUCAUACGGAAGUGACGCGACGCCAAUCAUGCAUAAGAUCAAAAUUGCAUGAGGUGUACACUGUGUCAGAGCCGAAAAUCGCUCUAAGUCCGUACGACGAUAAAGGUGCAUUUUCACGAGCCGCUGAAACUGAUCGUUUGAGCGACAAAAAGAAUCACGUGACUUUUGUCGCCGAACUAUAUAGCGGUAACUUCUGUACAGGGCAAGUCCGCGCUUUUUUACAACGAGUUUUUGGAACUCGAUGGAUCGGUCGUAAUCCUAUGCCACACUUAUGGCCCGCCCGUUCACCUGACCUGAACCCUCUGGACUUUUAUUUUUGGGGAGCUCUGAAAGCCAGUGUUUAUGGGUCAAGCAGGGCUUUAAGGACAGCUCAGGAUUUACAAGAUCGCAUUGAAGAGGCGGUUGCUACUUUAGCACGAAAUCGAGCUGUGCUCCGUAGAGUGCGAGAUAAUUUGGUGGAGAGACUCCAAGCUUGCAUUGAUAACGGUGGUGGUCACAUUGAAGCUGGCAGACAAGCACAACUGCUCAGAGCUAUUGGGGCCGAUGGGUCAGUUCUGUUUGUUCGUAGGUAG